AGAAAAUGGAACAGCACUGGCUUGGCGGGUUCUGCCUGGUAAGCGGCAAGCCUGCCCGCGAUAGGGGAGAGAGAGACCCGGAAGGAUUCGAACCCCUGCAUGGUCCCAUUGCGAAUGAGGGUCUGUAAAUGCUAACUAAGUGCCUACAUGUACCCGGGCCAUACUGUACAGCCAAGAGAGGACAUAGGGCGAAGUUGCUGCGAUGCAUCAGGUAGCUAGGAGGAUUCUCUCUCAUAAACCGGCCCAGGGUACCCCCCCCGUACGCCCAUGUGGAUUUCUCGAAGAGAGAUCCUCGAUUCAAACUCCUCCUACAGUGAUACCUGGCGUGCAAAUUUGGUCCGAGGCAGCUACCAAACCGAAAAAUCAUGCUCGUCUUCAGGAUAACACCGAGUCAAACUCUUUCGAACUGACCAAUUCGUGUCCACUUCUAACGGCAUUGGCCGUUCGAAACGAGGAAUAGAAGACAUAGAAAAAGAUAAUAAUUACUAAUUUUAAAAAAAAAAAAAAAAAAGACGGCAGCAUGUCGCAAGCACCGGAACACGUGCCGUACAGCACGCUCGAGGUCGAUCAUGGAGACCCUGAGGCUUCGCAAAAGGAGGCGGUAUUACAGUAUCCCGACCACAGCUACCCGCAAGCAGUCCCGUUUGAGCAGUCUGGAGCCGGAGUUGGCCAUUCAUAUUACAGUCCCGAGACCGCGAAAGAAGUCGUAAACCCACGAUACCCCGGCAAUGCCCUGCUUCCCGGGCCGUACAAGGAGGAGAAGUACGCGGGCAGCGGCACAGCCUUGGCCGCGGCAUAUCCGAAUAGUACAGGCCCCAAUAGUACUGCGGGUUACACAGUAUCGUCGUAUUCGAAUGGCGCGUAUCCCGCGGGCGCCGCCAGUCCGAUACAAUCGACCGGUUAUGACCCCAGUCCGAUGAGUAUACUGACGGAGAACGACGUCGCCCGAAAUGCUCCAGCAGAAAAGGAAGUGCAGCCAGAUAAGCCAGCGGUGACGAUAUGUGGGCUUUCAAGAAAGAAAUUCUUCAUAAUAUUAGGGGUUGCGCUCGUGGUGAUCGCGCUCGCAGCAGGAUUGGCCGGAGGGUUGACGAGCAGGACUCACAGCGGAUCAGGGUCAGACUCAUCGGCGGCGUCGUCAGGGGGAAGCUCGAGUUCUGGCGAUAGCGGAGGGUCGUCGUCGAACUCGACGAGCGACGGAAACCUGAUCCUGUCGAAUUCGAAGAUAACGGCGUCGAACUGGACGGACCCCAGCGGCGUCGUGCACCGCACCGUCUUCUUCCAGGACAAGUACAACUCCAUCAUCGCCCGACGGUGGGACGCCAAGGGCAACGCAUGGAAGACGAAUAACCUGACGGAGCUGAUGCUCGCGACCACGACGCCCCUCAGGCCGCAACCCGGCACUCCCCUCGCGAGCGCGUCGAUGGAGCUCGACCCCACGUUUGAGACGCAUGUUUGGUUCACGGAUCCGAAUAAUAUGAUAAGAUCGAUGGCCUCUACGGACGCGCUCAACAAGCCGGAUUCGUGGGAUAAUGACACCCUAGAUGCAGCCCAACUACAGACGUGGCCGGGAGGACAAUUGGCCGCGAUGUGGCAGCGCUGUUGGGUUGGCAGCUGUAGUGGUACCUGGGUCGUAGCCUAUCAACGACCCGAAGGUGCGAUAAAGACCGCGAAUAGUAGCACUUGGGCGACAGCAACCGUAGCUGUCGAGUCCAAAGACGUCGCUGCCAAUUCCAGCUUGGCUAUUCUCCCCAAGUUACGGGAGUCAUACCUCGACCGCCUGGAGCUUGUAUAUGAAGGACUGGAGUCAGGAAACGGAAUUAUGAGGUUGACUGAGUAUAAUGAUACGUGGAACGGUUCUGAUGAUAGAGUAACCGAACUCCAAGCCAAUAUACCACACCCCACGCCCUCUCAGCAGUUCGCAGCUACGAGGUGGGAUAGCUGGAACCAGGCGCUUUACAUUGGCCUGCUUGGAGACGGUAGCAUCAAGGGAAACCAUUGGAACGGUAAUACCAUGAGCGCCAUCUCAACCUUCAACUUCAACUCGGGCCCUAGUGACAACUUCACGGCCAUCGCGAUGUCUCCGGAUGCCAUGUUUUAUGGCAUCACAUCAGACGGCGAUAUUUUGGAGUACUCGUUAGACACCACAGACCCAUCUACCUUUAACUACGUCAGCACAGUAUUUCCAUGAUCUUUACCUACCGACACCUACACUCGAAGAAACAUGGGUAUAUAUCCAUAAGUAUAUACUACGUACCUAACCUAGGCAUAUUUGCAUUAUCUUUUAUCCCCCCGAAAAGCUUGGUUUAGGAGAUUAGGUUUUUGGGAGGACUGCGAAGGAGUUAAAGGGAGGGGGCAUUUCUCUGCGUACAUAUAUAUACCUCCUACAUACAGAUCAGCAAUUAUUUCUCUUCUUUUCUUUAUAUAGGACGAUACCAUGUCAAUCCCAACAUCAGGGGAGGCUACUUUUCGAACCUACGAAGCGAAUACCAAAGGCGGUUCUCGUUUUUUUCUACUUUACCAUUUUGCAUUACUGUAAUUAUAUAGCAUGAUUGAUACUGUAUGCUAGGUUAGGUACCUAUGCUACGUAGGAUGAUAUAGACUUAUACCUACCCAAACAAUAUAGGAAUGUAGCCAACGGUCUUGGGCGCGUUCAUGUUGAGUUAUCCCGGACUUGAAGUUAUUCUUAUUAGCCACCCCCUUUUUUCAGUGUUGUUUAAGGACCCAAGAUCUCAGCCUAGACUGGUAGAGAUGCUUCUCGGUUGCAAUUAAAUAGAUUUGAGACAAUUGCAUUCUAAGCUCGAUCCCGUGCCGAUUUUCAUGCGCG